AUGGCAAAAAACCACAAGCUACAUCAAAAACGACCCGAGCGCCUGGCUGACGUCGGGCACGAGACCCUCCACGCCCUCCAUGCCCUUCAUGUCCUCCUUGUCCGGCGCAGAGGCGGCAGCGGGGUCCGGCACGGUGCCGCCGCUGCCGACGUCCUCGCGCUCGUCCAUGGGUUCGGGCCCAUUGCCAGGUGUUUCCGCGCCACCAGCGCCAUCAAGGUCGUCGACGCCGUCGCCGCCGGCGCCCGCUUUCGUGGCCAGCGGCGGCAUCUGCAUCUAGCCGCCACCACUGCCACUGCCGCCGCCACUGACGCCGGCUGCGGCUGCCUCUUCUUCGUCCAGCUCAGCCAUCAGCAUCGCCUCGAGCUCGUCCUCGUCAAUGUCUACGCUGGCCGACGGGGCGGGGGCCAACGUCGGUGGCUUGGACGGGACAGUCGACGGGACAGACGACGGGACAGACGACGGAACGGACGACGAGUUGGUCUGCUGCCGGAGAGGGUGCGUCGACUCGCCGCCGCUGGCAUUGCCACUCCCUGUACCGGUCGAGGCAGCCAGGGCGGCGGCGGCGGCGGCGGCGGCGCGUCGUUGGGAGGCGCUGCGGCUGCGGGAGGCCAGCUUCUGGCGUUUGGCCAGGAGCGUGCGUCCCCGGAGAGACGCUCGUUCGCCGUCGGUGUCGGUGUCGUUGCCACCGCCGCUGCCACCGCUACCGCUGCCGCUGCCGUGUUUCCGUUUCGACGACGUCGACAGCAGGCUGCCGUUAGCGUCUGCGUCGCCGUUGCGGUCCAUAUCGACAUCGUUGUCGCUGUCGUGGUCAUGGUCCUCACCGUAGUCGGAUUCGUCCCGCUCGUCGCCGUCGCCGUCGCCGUCACCGUCUUCGUCGUCUUCGUCGUCGCCUUCGGCCAGAAACAUUUCCAGCUCGUCGUCCGCCGAGCCCCAGUCGAACGUGCCGAGUUCAGCAAUCGGGCUCAUCCCGUCGCUGUUGUGGAAUUCGUCAAACUCGUCGACGUCCCCGUGGCUAUCGUCGUCUUCGUCUUCGUCGCCCUCGCCGCGGCGGCGGCGGCGACCGGGAACACGGAUGCGCAGACCCGGCGUGCCGUUCUCGUUGUUUUCGUUGUUUUCAUUGUCAUUUUCGCUGUCGUUGGCAUCGCCAUCGAGAUCGGCAUCCGAAAUCGUCUCGGUGUCUGUACCACCGAGCUGCGAACCGCCGUUGGCGGUACCAGACACGGCGCCGCGCUGGUUGCGGUCGGCUGGGUGAAUGUCGACGAGGUACGGUGUCUCGUCGACGAGGUCCCAUUGGCUGAAGCAGUCAAUCAGCCAGUUCUGGUUGACAAUCUUGAUGCUCGGGAACCGCGCGGCCUGGCGCACCUUUUGGGUCCGCGGCCGGUCGCUGCUAAUCACCAGGUGCGUGACUUUGCGGGAGAUUUGGCGUUGCAGCUUGGCGCCAAAGCUGGCGGCCUGCAUGCCAAUCUCGGACCGCUCCACGUCCAUGCCGAGCGGCACCAGGCCCGACAGCACAAUGGUCGAGCCCUCCAGCACUUGGCCCUUGAGCCGGUCGAGGAUCUCGCCCACGUCGGGGACGGCGUCCACAAUCAGCGACGUCGAGGCGCCGCGCUCCUCGUCGUACUUUUCGUAGAACUCGUGGUGCAGCUUGGUCAGGUGCUCUUUGAGAUAGUCGAGCUCCGUGUCGUCGUCGAAGAGGACGCAGUGCCGUUGUGUCGCCUGGGCAUCGGACUCGCCACCCUCCGAGGACGCCGUCGACGCUUUGGCGGAGUCUUCCUUGUCGAGCUGUUCCUGCAUAUGCAGCAGGGGCCGAUCCUUGAUCUGACUACAUCGAUCGUGUUCUCGUCGCCACGGACGGGCGUUGCGCCGUUGGGCGGCGGUGUGCCGCCGUUGGACACAGAUGUGGCCGGUGUAGCCGCAGGGGAGGCUGCGUCGGCGCUAGAGACGGCUGUAGAGGCGGCGGUGGACGCGGGGGAGGCGGUCACUUCGUUGUCGUCCUUUUUGACCGUGGCAGCGUCGGAUGUGGUGGAUGUGGUGGAGGUGGACGUGGAGGUGGACGCGGAGGUGGAUGUCGGGGUGGUUGCUGCUGCUGCGGCGGCGGCGGCGGGCACGGCCGCGGUGGCGGCCGCAGAUGAAGACGACGAUGCCGCCGGCAGGUCGUCCCGCUUCGGCAAGAAACUGGAAUUGAUAUCGCCCGUUGUGGCGGUUGUGCGGCCACACGUCGGCACGGUCGUCCAUAAUCACGGCCAUGUUUGUGCUGACCGGGAAAAGGCGCUGCAGCGACUUGGCGACAAUGUUGCCGUUCUCGUCGCGGCUGAUGACGCGGUUGCCAAACAGGCGCUGCUCGGGGUCGACAAUCUUGGCAAUGUUGGUCGCGUAGGUGCGCGUGCCCAUGGUGUAGACGUGCAGCUCGUACAGGUUGGCUAUGGCGGCCAAAAAGUCGGCCAGGCCGGGGCGCAUCUUGAUGUAGUAGAAGCAGCCGCGCGCGACGCCGCCGUGCUGGCCCUCCUCGAGCUGGAAGCGCUGCACGUCGCGCAGGGCUUCGUAGUUUGGAUUGGACGCGUCCUGCUGCCACUCGCCAAUGGUGGGGUCGAUGCAGGCAUGGAUGAUGGUCUGGUCCAGGUCGACGACGAGGCUCAGCUUGCGCUGUUGCAGCAGGCGCUCUUGCAGCUCCUUUUCCGCGCGCGUGGCGGCGGUGUGGCUGACGGUGAGGUUUGUCUGGUCGUGGGUCAUGUUGAUGGGGGCGCGGUCGGUGUCGCGCUGCUCGCUGGCCCAGUUGACCUCGUUCAUAUCCUUGCCGCAGAGGGCGCAGAGGCCCUGGAACUGGAUCUCGUGGGUGCACGCCUCCUCGACGGUGACACAGGCGCGGUCGCGCGCGACCACCUCGCCGACGCGCACGUUCCAGGCGAGAAGCGUGCCGUCCUCGGGCGCGUUCCAGUCGGUGAUGCUUGUGAGUGUUUUUUGCUGGAGCUCGAGGGUUUCGCGGUCCUGCGGGAGCUCCAUGGUGUACUCGUACGAGUACUGCAGGACGGGUUCCUGGCGCUGGAUGGUGUCGCCGGGGGUCUUGUAGAGCUUUGUGAUUUUGAUGGGGUACUUGAGACGCGCGCCAAAGUGCAGCGUCUUCUCGCCCUUUUUGCCGGUAGCCAUGGCGGCGGUGGUGCCCGGGGGCGGGGGAUACUUGGUGCGGAUGUGCUGCGAGAAGCGGCUGAGCGGCGUCGGGACAAGGCGGAUGGGCGCACAGGGGUAGUAGCGCGGGCCGGGUCGCGAAGCAGAAGCUUCCUAGUGGGCAGACUUCGGAUCGGCAACAAGAGUCGAUGUGAGGUAGGAGACGGCGGUCGGCCACGGGCGAGAGGAGGAUGGUGGUUGAAGUUGAAGCGGGAGUGGUGGUGGCGUGUGCAGCGGCCGCGACGGAAGCGUAUAAGUUGGCGAUGGCUCACGGGGAUCGGUGGCGAAUGGAUUGUUCGUUGUGGAUCCAAAAAAAAUGGUGCAAGGCAAGCAAAAGAGACGCCAGGAGAUGGUGAUGACGAUGACAAUGAGGAUGACGAUGAGAAUGGGGCUUGCAGGGUGGCAAACAAAAAGAGGACGAAGAGGAAAAGCCUUUGUCUUGCCAGUCGCCGGCCGGAUGUCGUUGUUCUUGCGGAAGAGCUGGAAACGGCUCGGCAACCAGACGAUCGUGGGCGCAUUGGUGAUGAGAAUGGUACGGACCUCACGAGGGAGAAGGACAGCGAGAGCAGUGCUGGACCGGCUGCCGUGGAUGGCGCAGGAGGCGAGUCGGAGGCGGUGACAGCGAGAGCUGAAAGGAGGAGAGAGAAAAAGAAGGAUCGCGAAGAAGACGGCGUUGGCGGCGUGGUGGGUGCUGCGAGGACAGAUGACGGCCCAUCGCACCUGCUGGCAAGAGCAGACAGAAGAGGUCGAACGUCGAGGCGAGAGGUAGGGAAAGGAAGGAGCGAUGCAGACGUCACGACGCGACCGGUGGACCGAGUUGACCGGUUUGGGACACUUUAA